AUGUUUUCUAGAAAUUCUCGAGCACUUGCAUCUGCCAGAAAUGUUGCAAGGAAGUCAGCUCAAUCGCUGUAUCUGGCCCGCUGCGCUGGCUCCGCUCGUUCUGCUCGCUUCUACUCCACUUCCAAACCCUCCGCCAACUCCGGCUUGAGUUUCGUUGGUGGAGCUGUAUUGUUGGCCACGGGAAUUGGCGGCGGUUACUACCUCCACAAAAUAAACGAGGUUACCCCCAAGGACUCGUCCACCACUCCGUUGAGCUCGGUGGAGCCCCCGCAAUAUGCCAACGAUGCUGAGUUCAAGAUUGCCUUGAAGAAGUUCACCGAAAUUGUGGGUGAGGCCAACGUCACCGCUGACAAGGACGUCACAAACUCUCACGCAGACACAUUCUUCAACACCCACCACCCUCCAAACCCUGAAGUUCAGAGACCAGCAGUGGUGAUCUAUCCUGGUAAUACUGAGCAAGUGUCUCAGAUCUUGAAGGUUGCACACGAGUACAGGGUGCCCGUAGUGGCCAAUUCAGGACUCACGUCACUUGAGGGCCACAACAUGCACACACGGGGCCCUAACUCUGUGUCGUUGUCGUUUCAGAACUUGAACGACAUUAUAGAAUUCCACCCAGACGAUUUGGACGUGGUGGUUCAAGCAGGUGUAGGGUGGCAGGACUUGGACCAGUUCUUGAAAGAGAGCGACAAUGGCUCACAUCUCAUGUUUGGUCCAGAUCCAGGAAUGGGUGCCACCAUUGCCGGAAUGGUGGGCACGUCUGCUUCGGGUACGAAUGCCUAUAGAUACGGAACUAUGAAGGAGAACGUUGUCAAUCUUACUGUUGUGUUGGCUGAUGGAACCAUCGUAAAGACUAGACAGAGACCACGGAAGUCUAGUGCAGGAUAUGACUUGACCCGUUUAUUCAUUGGAUCUGAAGGAACAUUAGGAAUCAUCACCGAGAUCACUGUCAAGUUACAUCCAAGAGCAGAUAAGGAAUUGGUUGCAAUUGCUGCAUUUCCCACCGUUAAGGAUGCUGCUUCUACCGCUCAGCACGUGAUUACGAAGUCGGGAAUCCAGCCAAAUGCCUUGGAGCUUGUUAACGAAACCACCGUGUCGUUUGUAAACGACAGUGGAAGUGUCGGCAGGAAAUUUUUGGAGGUUCCUACGUUGCUCUUGAAGGUUGGCGGACCCAGCGACAACGUGAUUAAGGAGCAGUUGAACUUGAUUGAGAAGAUUGCAAAAGACAACAAUCUCAUCUCGUUUGAGCAAUCAAAUAACCAGGAGGAGAAUGAAGUUCUUUGGGGUGCACGUAGAGCAGGCUUAUGGUCAACUUUCGAGUAUGGAAAAAAGGUUCUUGACGAUAAAGAUGACGUACAGAUCUGGACCACCGACUUUGCUGUUCCUAUUUCCAGAUUGUCAGACCUUAUCAAUGAAACCAAUUCAGACUUGAUCGAGAAUGGCUACAAGAACAAGUUCUCAAUUAUGGGCCAUGUUGGAGACGGAAACUGCCACUUCUUAAUUCUCUACAACUCCAAGGACUACGCAAAAACCAAGGAGUUAGUGGACCGCAUGGUGGAAAGAACGAUAAAGUACGAAGGAACUUGCACUGGUGAGCAUGGUGUUGGUGUGGGCAAGAGAGGAUACUUGGAGCCAGAGCUCGGAGUGAAUGCUGUGGAUUUGAUGCGUCACAUCAAGUACUCAUUAGAUCCCCGGGCUAUUUUGAACCCAGACAAGGUAUUCAAGAUUGACCCAUCGGAGAAGUUAGACGAAUUGCUCGACAGUGGACAUGUUAUUGAGGUUGCGAAAUGCUGUCAUUAA